GGCAUCUUUUGGAUUUGUUGUGAAGCGAAGUUUUUCUUGUUCCGGCUGAAAAUUGAUAAUUUCUUCAUAAAAAUCUACUAAAAUGGGUACCAAACGACCCAAUAACAGCGUGGUUCUGGCCCAGGAGCCAAAACGCAGCAAAAGCGAACUGAUAGCCUACACAAAUCGGGACAAGGCGCUCCUGGAAUCGGGUGUAAGGCGAACUUCGAACCUUCAGGCACCCAUAAUGCAACUGGAGGGUCAUGAGGGAGAGAUCUUUACCACAGAAUUUCAUCCGGAGGGAGAGAUGCUGCUAUCCUCUGGGUUUGAUAGGCAGAUUCAUAUCUGGCAGGUUUACGGUGACUGUGAGAAUAUUAUGGCUCUAUCCGGACACAGUGGCGCUGUAAUGGAAGCCCAUUUCACGCCGGAUGGCUCGCAUAUAUUCUCCUGCUCGACGGACAAAACUCUAGCCAUUUGGGACAUUGUUACGGGUCAACGGCAGCGACGCUUCAAGGGCCACGGGAACUUUGUGAACAGUGUGCAGGGAUCGCGACGAGGCCAACAGCUGCUGUGCUCAGGCAGUGAUGACCGGACCAUAAAGAUCUGGGAUGCGCGGAAGAAACACGCCGCCCAUACGCUGGAGUCUCCCUUCCAGGUGACUGCAGUUUGUUUUGGUGACACCGGAGAACAAGUAAUCACCGGAGGCAUCGAUAAUGAACUGAAAAUUUGGGAUAUUCGAAAGCAGGCGGUUCUGCAUAACUUGCGAGGACACGCCGAUACUGUUACCGGCAUGGCGCUGUCGCCUGAAGGUGAUUUCGUCCUUACCAACGCCAUGGACAACACGCUGAGAGUGUGGGACGUGCGGCCCUAUGCUCCUGGCGAGCGGUGUGUCAAGGUAUUCCAGGGCCAUCAGCACAACUUUGAGAAGAAUCUGCUGCGCUGCGCUUGGUCACCGGGAAGCGACAAAAUAUCCUGCGGUUCGGCCGAUCGGCAUGUCUACAUUUGGGAUGUCAACACGAGGCGCAUUCUAUACAAGCUGCCAGGACAUAAUGGCAGUGUAAACGAUGUGGAUUUCAGUCCGAAAGAACCUUUAAUUUUGUCUGGAUCCAGCGAUAAAACCUUGUAUCUGGGCGAGAUUGAGGACUGACCUAUGGAGAAGCCAAGUCAAAGGAUAGGCCCACUGCUGGAGACUCCAGUGGAAUGACAAAAUGGAGAAAUCGAAGAUUAGUUUUAUGA